AUGACAGAAAACGGUCACAGCCUGGUUUACCGCAAAAGAGUACGUUGCACCUGCGAAUGGGAGGUAAAGUUCGGUUAUGGCGUAGCUUUCACGCUGGCCGUCUUCGAGGCGAAGCGUCUCCUCGUGAUCGUCUUGGAGAUAUUUGCAGAAUGGCAGGUGAUCCGUAUCGCAGGUGGUUUCCAGCCGGUUGCCCUUACCUUGGUAGACGUGGCUCUAGGAUUACCGUGCGCCCUUAUCAUCGUACGCGCUAUACGCAGGCGCAAAUCGAAUCUUUAUUCAAAGACUAGGCGGGUGCUGAAGUGUCUUUUGAUAAUGAUAAUUACAUGUAUUGCUAUGAACACAACGACAUUAGCUUCGAUAGGAUAUCACGUUAGUGUAAAACAAGAAACUUUAAUCGAUAUUUUCAACGUUUCCAUGCAUCUGUAUACCACUGCUGCGUCACAUAAAUACGCGAUCGACGAGAUCCAAUUUGUGUUACAAUGUUGCGGUCAUUCCUCUUAUACUGAUUGGUUUCUCUUCGACUGGCAGAAAAUAGAUUACGCAUCUCGAGAGGAAAUGGAGCAACAAAACAGAAUUUCGGACGAAGACUACAGAGGUCUUGGAGUCCCUUUUAGCUGCUGUAACUUGCACGCUGUGGCACCUUGCAUGCACUUAGAAAUGACAGAUGACAAAACAAUAAAUGUGAACGGCUGUGUAGAAAUCAUUAGUCCCAUUCUUCUUAGAAUCGUCAUAGUCGCUUACGUUAUGACUAUUACUUUGAUCGUUAUGCAAGUGCUAUUGGCCUUUUUAAUUACUAGAGUAUGUUUAUCUUGCAUAAUCUAACUUAUG